GGGGACUGUGAAAUGAAAUGAUUCUCCAACGUUUUUAAGCUUUGCCUUUGAAUCAUGCAUGCGAGGCUGAAAGGCUGCAAUCCAAACCUGCAUAAUGAGAAACGCAUCUCAACCUAUGUGCAUCAUUGUCCGAGUAACAACAAUCUGAGGCCAAUAUGGCGCCCCUCUGCAAGUUCUACCAGCAGGGCACCUGCAGAAAUGGAUCCAAUUGCCGUUUCGAACACCCUGGCGCCAACUCGAAUCCCUUCGGCAGUGCCAACAACAACCGCUAUGGUGCCUUGAGCUCUGGAGGUGGCAGCUCUGGUGGAGCCUUUGGACGCGGCUCGAGUUCUGCCGACGGAAGCAAUGCCUACAAGAUCACAAAGGACGCCAUCAAGAUUGAUCUUCAAGAUGAGCGCCCGUCAUGGGUAUUGUCGUCCUAUGGCCCCGGAAGAGAUGCCCCGGAACAGCUAUUCGGAGGAUACCCGAGGGAGCAAAGCUUUGAAGAGAUAAGAUUAUCCGUACUAUCAAGCCCAAAUCCCCAGCAAGCACUACAAGAUGUUCAAACCAUGUGUGUCGAAGCCGAGAAACAGAUGGAUACCGCUCUGCGCAACCUAGACGGUGCCAUACAAUUCGUUCUUUCCGCCGAGAACAACCACCCGAAUCGUCAUGACAUCUGUAAACAGAAUACACAAGGAGGCUCGGGUGUAUUUGCCGUAGGCAGUGGGGGGACGGGCUUUGGGGCGAACCCUCUGUCCGUAGGGUCAUCUGCUAAUCAGAACCCCUUUGGUGCCACGCAAUCGAGUCCCUUCGGCGCGCCAGCAGCUGCGGCGCCUACAACGAGUGCCUUUGGGCAACCGUCGCAGAUGGGCGCAAAACCCAACCCGUUCGGCGCACCCGCUUCGACAGGAGGCUCGGCUUUCGGACAGCCAUCCUCCUUGGGGGCUGGUUCCGGAUCUGCUUUCGGCCAGCCAUCAGCCUUGGGGCAGGGAUCAGCUUCAGCGUUCGGUCAGCCGUCAGCCUUGGGAGGAGCGGGUUCGGGAUCAGCUUUCGGCCAACCAUCAUCGUUGGGAGGCGGGUCGGCGUUUGGUCAACCAUCAUCUUUAGGGGCCAAAUCCAACCCCUUUGCAGCACCUGCCAACGCUUCAUCUGGGUUUGCGGCGGCAGCUCAGCAACAGACGGGUGCCUUCGGUCAGCCAUCAGCAUUGGGCGCAAAACCAAAUCCCUUCGGGACACCAGCGUCCACGAGUGCGUUCGGUGCGCCAGCAGCCCCUACGACGAGUGCCUUUGGACAACCAUCACAGAUGGGCGCAAAGCCAACCCCCUUUGGUGCGCCAUCACAGCCCUCGACUUCCGGCCCGUUUGGAGCACCAUCACAACCAGCUAGUUCUAGUCCCUUUGGUGCGCCGUCUCAACCUUCCAACCCAAGCCCGUUUGGAGCAUCCUCACAACCGUCCCGUAACAGUCCGUUUGGGACUUCAUCUCAACCCCAAAAUGCGUCUCCGUUCGGAGCCCCUGCACAACCAUCUGGCGCACCUGCGACGAGUCCUUUCGGCCAACCAUCAGCUCAGGCAACUGCUUUCGGAACUCCUACGCCAUCUAGUCCCUUCUCCUCUACAAACAAUGCGCUUGCUUCCCAAGCCAUGGAAACACAAGCGGCACCAGCGGCGUCGAAUCCGUUCGGACAACCGGCGACGAAUGGCUUUGGCGCACCUUCUAACUCACUGGCCAGUGGUGUGGGUGGGCUUGGUGGGCAAUCGGCCGCUUCGGCUGCACCACAAGGGGCGAACUCACCCUACCAGCCUGGAAGCAUGAAGCAGCACCCACCUCUCGAUUCCUACGUCGCAAAGAUGGGCACACGAAUCAUUCGAUUUAAGAACAUGCCUGUCUCAUACAAAAACGACAAGCCCGGAGUGCAAACCAGAAGCGGCUGGACCAAGAUAUGGUUUCCGAACGGACCACCCACCUACUAUUCUCUCACCGAGCCAGAGGAUAAGAGCGCUUAUACAGAUGCGGUCCAUAAGGUUUAUGAGGAAAGCAGCAGAACCGGCAGGUUCCCGGAUUUGAUGCCAGAGGUGCCGCCGAUGCGAGAGGACUGUGUAUGGGAUUUCUGAUUGGGAGACAUAAUUCUACCGACUAUGACCGAAAUUGGGCAUUCUUUAUUGACAUAGACUUGUGAUCCGGACUUGCAUUAGCGACGGCGUUUAGGGGAGAACGACUAUCAUGGGCCGGACUAAGAGCUGGCACGUAUCAUUAUAUUCACUCAGAAUCAGACGACGGUGUCAUUUGUGCGAGUUCAGCUUUACAUCAUGGUCAUGGAGGUUCGUGAGAGCACAUCUUCAUUCGGCUGGAUAAGCGACCGUCCUUAUUAUAUCGAGGUAGAACAUGCACGUUGUUAAAUCACCAUUAAAGCAAACGUGUCUAGGAUAUGUUGUGUGUGUGUGUGUGAUCAA